CCCUAUUUCUCUGAUGAAGAUGGAACAAGUAGCCAGCACCAACGCACAAGGAUGUCUCAUGGAUUCUCCGGUUCCGUCGUCGUCUUACCGGGGAGCUCGCAAGCGAAAAUGGGGCAAAUGGGUGUCGGAAAUCCGUGAGCCCGGCAAGAAAACUCGGAUAUGGUUAGGAAGCUAUGAGACACCGGAAAUGGCAGCCGCCGCAUACGACGUUGCAGCUUCACACUUCCGAGGACGGUCGGCUCGACUUAACUUCCCGGACUUAUCUGGAGAUCUUCCACGGCCGGUGAGCUCCCGAGCAGAGGACAUCCGAGUGGCAGCUCAACAAGCUGCAUUAAUGUUCAGGAGACCGUCGAGAUGUCAAUCCACGAGUGACGCCGCCAGAGGCGGCAUGGUUCCGGCCACGGCAGGGCUGUCGCCGAGCCUGCAGAUUCAAGCCAUAAAUGAGUCGCCGCCGUUGAAUUCGCCGAUGAUGUGGAUGCAAAUGGCUGAAGCACUCAUGUUAGGGCUUGAUGAUCAGUCUAUAGCAUUAUAUAACGACGACGACGACGGCUUAGAACUGAGAAGAUGGGAAGAAAUCCUAUAUGGAAUUUCUAAUUGAAUUAAGUGAGGUUCUUAAAUAUUAAAUAGUGAUGAUUAUUUUUUUUUUUAAAGCAGAAGUAAUUCUUCAAUGGCAAAUU